GCGACCCACACGCUUUUGCAGCAUGCUCGCCACGCAGCGCUCCCACUCCUCUCGCCAUGCCCCCAUCUCUUAUCCCCUCUCUCCGCAGAACUCUCCCCCACAGGGCCUUGAUUCGCACUCCCCCAUGUCCGCAAAGACCACCACUCGCCAUCCGCGCAGACCAUCUCUCUCCAGCCCCAUGUCCUGGCUAAGCCGCAACUCGUCCUCGGCCUCGCAGCAUGCACCGUACACACCUGCUGCGAAGCCUGUCCGCAUAUCCGAGCCCAAGCUCUCCAAGACCGUCGACAGUCUCGCUCAUAUUCGUAACCGCUCACUGGGUACCGGCGCGGUCGUCGUGCGGACACCACAAGAGGCUUUGGCUGGCUCCGGCGUCACCGUAGACGUCGCGUCGGAUCCAGAACUGCAGGAGCAGGACUCGGAGGAUAGCGAUAUUCCUGAAGAAGAAGAGGAGGAGGCUGAAUCCAACGUUGUGCACCUCAACUCGCCUCCCUCGAGCCCGUCGUUGCCCCCUCUCCCGAUAUCGAAGAGUUCCCCGACACUCCCGCUGAGGGAAUCCCCCACUCAACCAGCAAAACCGAGCCGUCCACCGCCGCCCGCUCCCGCUUCGACGGACUCCUCACCGCGCUCUUCCCUCAAGCACAGAUCCCCAUCCCCAAUCCCUUCGUUCUUCCCUGGCGUCCCGCCUCUUCCCGCCCAUCUUGCCCUUCCGCCGCCACCGCCGCCACCGCCAUUCGAUUGUAUACUCCUCUCCUCAGUUCCCACCAACGCCAUCGACAUGUCAAAGAUGAUCGUCACGUUGGAGACUUGCACCGCAACCCACCGCACGACCCUGACGACUCUCACGUCCCGCCCGUCGCAUCUGGCGAACUACCUCAAGUCGCUCUUCAGAUCGUACCGCGACUCUGCGGCCUCGCUGCAGUCGCAAACCAGCGAAUACGCCAGCUCGCCAGACACAGCAUUCAAUUCAAUUUUCCAUCAGCAUCUGGCCUCAUCUGGACUGCUGCCGCAAUCCGCGACCAACGUCCACCUGUUCCUCGAUCGCCCCAGCGCUCCAUACGAUCACAUCUUGACGUACCUCCGCUCUCCUCCCGCCACGAUCGACCACGUCCCCGCUCUCCCCCACGCCGUCCAGCUGCACACAAUCACCACCCCGCGUAUCGAGGCGCUCGUCGCCCUCCGGGACGAGGCGCGGUACCUCGGCCUGGACGACCUCCACAAGCUCUGCGUCGACGAGCUGCGCACCCGCCCGGCGACGCGCAUUCGCGGCGGGUCCAUCCGCAGCACGCACACCGUGCGCGACCAGCUCUCGCCGCGCAGCUCCCACGAAAGCGCGCGCGACACCGGCAGCCCGUCGCGCAGCGGCGGCGGCGGCGGCGCGAUCGACGCUCGGCGGACGAGCCCGAGCGACCUCGCCGCGGCGCUGCACCAUCGCCUCGCAGGUCGAGAGCAGGGCGGCGAGUUGAAGAGGGAAGGCUCCGUCGCACAUUCUGCGCGCUCGCGUCCGGUCGGCAAUUGGGUGUAGUCGGCCUGUUCUGCACAGUAUAUUGGUUCUUGUUUUUUUUUUUGCCGAGUCUUGAUAGUCUUCGGCAUGUUGUGUCAUCCUCUUCGAUCCUUCUCAUUGGUCUGCCUCGUUUGCGUUGAUCCCCCGCUCUUUUGUAUCGCUAUUAUAGUUCCUUAUGGUUGUAUCUAGUGUCGCUCCUUCCAUGUCGGCGCUGUAGCCUACCGAUUCACAAAUAUAUUCGCUCCCUAG